AGGCUGGGGGGCGCUAUAUGAGGAGCACUCUGAGGAGCACCGAGCCCCUCGGGCCGGUGGGGAGUUCCUCGGGCAGCAGUUUGAGGGCGCAGGGUCUCCGGAGUGGCAGGGACUGUGGGGGAAGUUUAGGGGUGCGCUGAACUCCAGGGGCGCUGGCGAGUGAAUGCAGGGGUUGGUAGGUAGUGGGUUGGUGAACCUGCUGCCCGCUAAUCCCCUCCAGCUCUCACUGGGAGCGAGUUGGAAUUCCACUGGGUUUUGAGCAGCUGUGGUGGUGCAGGUUGUCAUCUGCUGGCUUGCGUUUCCCCUUCAGGGCAGACAUGGCGAAGCAGGCGCAGCUCAUGGAGCUGCUGAAGAAGGAGGUGAGGGCAAUGCUGAUAGCUGCCAAGGACGGCCUAACGCCAGCAGAGCUGGAGGAGCAGUACACGGCCAUGGUCUGCAAACCUCUGCCCCUCCAAGACCUGGGCUUCCAGUCCACCUUGGAGCUGGUGACACACAUGCCUGAAGUUGUUCGAGUCUUUCCUUGUAAGAAUGGCACUGUUAUCCUCAAAGCCAUUGCAGACGACACCACCGUAGGCAUUGCCAAGCUGGUUGCCUGCCAGAAGGGAAGGACGUGUGCUAAGACCUGGAAGAGAACUCUGAAGGCAAACGCUGCUUCUCCCUUUAAGAACUCUAAGAAUGCCCCGCAUUCCCCUCUGAGAGCCAGGACUCCUGUCCUGCCGGCGACAGUGAAGGCUGAGCUGCAGGACCUGCUGAGCUCCUCCCCUCUCCUGCUCCAGGACCUGGACAAGGCCUUCCUCAGCUGCUUUGGCCAGGAGUUCCCGUACAGGCAGUGCGGGUUUUCCUCCGCACUCGAAGCCCUCAGGAGCGUGUCUGAUGUCAUUGUGGUGGAGCAGACAAAGCUGCAGGACCUGCUGAGCUCCUCCCCUCUCCUGCUCCAGGACCUGGACAAGGCCUUCCUCAGCUGCUUUGGCCAGGAGUUCCCGUACAGGCAGUGCGGGUUUUCCUCCGCACUCGAAGCCCUCAGGAGCGUGUCUGAUGUCAUUGUGGUGGAGCAGACAAAGGCAGGGUCCUUGCUGGUCCUGAGGCAGCACGUGGCAAAGGAGGCAGAGCAGGAAGAGGGGCCUCAAAGUGAGGCGCAGGACGAAGAGGAGAUGCAAGCCGAGAUGCCCCCUUUGGAACCUGUCUGUGAGACAGAUGACUUCUACCAGGCAGCCCUUCUGAUGAAGGUGGAGCCAGUGGAAACACAAGCAGUAGAUCUGGGUGAUCGCCUCAAACAACCUCAAGAUUUUCAGCAGUUGCUACCAAACAAGCUGACACUGUCUCUAGAAAUCCCCCCGGAUGCUGUUCAGGACAGCAGCCUUUGCAGUUUACCACCUCUGAAGAGAAAGUGCUUGGUGGGAGUCAUUGUAGAAUUCAUCGUCUCUCCUACCCAGUUCUACGUCCAAAUCUGCGGCAGGGAAACAUCCUACAAACUGCAGGAUCUGAUGUUUGAGAUGAGACACCUUUACUCCCAUAAACUCGUCUCUGAUAAAUACAUCAUGCCUGACUCUGCAGUGCGGCCCGGACAGCUCUGCUGUGUGAUGGUCUCCAAAUGGUGGUACCGUGUUAUCAUCCACCGUGUGGUCAGUGACCAAGAAGUGGAGGUGUUCUACGCAGAUUAUGGACAGCUCCAAAUUGUCCAGAAGUCUUGGCUGAGAUUCCUCAAGUGGCACUACUUGAAGCUCCCUGCUCAGGCCAUCCCAUGUUCCUUGGCAUGGGUAAAACCCGUGGAGGGUACGUGGUCUCCUGCAGCAACUCUCGUGUUCAAGAAUCUCUGUCGCUUCAAGGAGCUUGUGGGCGUCGUGGAUGAAUAUGUGGAUGGUGUCCUGUACCUCUUCCUCUGUGACACAUCCACCAAGGAGGAUGUCUACUUCCACUACGUCUUGAGGGAUAUGGGAUAUGCUGAUGUGUGUGGAGAGAACAUUCCUUCCCAGGAAUUCAAGGAGCUGAAUCCUUUGGCCUUGUAUGUUCAGCCCAGUGGAAAGCAGGAGAAUGAUGAACUGGUGGAGCCAGACCUUUGCUUGCAGCAGGAAUCUCUAGUUGCAGAUAGUGAAACAGCAACCUCAAAGCUGGAUGGGGCUGAGCUGUGUGACCAGACACCUCAUUCUCUUGGAGAGUCCUCCAUGCCUGCUGUCCUAGUCAAGUCAGAGGAAGAUCUUUACACUUCCUUUAUUUACUCCAAGCAACCAGCAGAAAUGAGGCAAGAUGACCCUGAUCAGAAAGAAAGAUUUUGCAGUGAAGAGAACAUGAAGAAUGAAGACCUUCCCAGGAGCCGGCCUCUGUGGUGCCAACCUCACAAACUCCACGUCCCUCCUGCCACACUCACUGCAGUGUUGGCAGCUGCACGAUUGGCCACUUCCAGUGGCUCCCCAGCCUGGGAAGGCAGGUGUGAGAAGAGGGGAGAAGCUGGAGCUGCUGCCAGGGAAGGCUGCUGUGAGCAGCACAGGCUCUCUGGAUAGCCAUGCUGUUGGGGUUUGUCUUUUUUGUUUGUGGUUUGGUUUUUUUUGUUUGUUUUUUUUUUUUUUUCACAAACAUUUAAUCCCUUGAAAAAACUUUCUGGGUCUGACGUCU